AUGGCGGUCAGAAUAAGGAAUGACCGAUGGAAGGAGGAUCAACAAUUGAAAUUAGCUUUGGAACGUUAUGUGAAAGAGAGUCUUUUCCGGAAGGAGAUCUUAAAUUUUGUGUCGAGAGAUUUUUCAUCAUAUUCUUGGAGCUUGAGAACUCUUGACAGAAGGCUGGAUUACUUCGGUAUUAAGUAUAUUGAUCACAACGUUACUGKCAGUGAGAUCACGACUGCAGUUAAAACUGAAAUGCAAGGACCUGGUGGUUUGCUUGGGUACCGUGCACUACACAAAAAGUUAAGGCAAGCAUAUGAUCUAAAAGUCCCAAGAGACGUCGUCCAUGCAGUGAUGUAUAAUUUAGAUCCCGUUGCUUUGGAAAGAAGAGCUCCACAGUUUAAGAAAAAAAAAGAAAAAGGUCAUUUUACGUCCCCUGGUCCAAAUAAUGUGCAUUCUCUCGAUGGCCACGAUAAACUUAUGGGAUAUCAAAACAGCACAUUUCCGAUCGCCAUUUAUGGCUGCAUCGACACAUGCAGCAGGAAGGUGUUGUGGGCCAAAGUCUGGAUAAGCAACAGUAAUCCAUUGCUGAUAGGACGACUUUACCUCGAACAUUUAUUUAAGACAAGAACUAUGGCAAAAAGAUUGAGAGUUGAUAAAGGCACAGAAACUGUUGUUCUAGCAACAAUUCAUGCAUAUCUCAGGCAUUAUCAUGGUGAUAUGAACCCAGUGGAUACAGUUAUCUAUGGGCCUUCAACUUCAAACCARAUUGAGAGAUGGUGGAGGGAACUCCAUGAGAGAUUGGAGAAGUUUUCUCUUAACCAACUUAAGGAGCAAGGUCACUAUGAUCCACAAAGUGAGCAUCACAGGUAUUUAACAACAUAG